GGGGCUGGAGAACCUUAUCGGACCAAAAUAUAAUUCGAAAAUACAACCAAAGAAUGCAUGGGUCGCAAUAACACACACACACGUAGCAUCCAAAUGGGGCAAGGCCAAUAUGGUGGCCCUUCUCCUGGAACACGGAGCCACAAUAGAAGCGAAAACGAGAGACGGCUUGACUCCGCUUCACUGCGCUGCCAGAAGUGGACACGAACAGGUUGUGGAUAUGCUUCUGGAAAGAGGAGCUCCGAUCAGUUCCAAAACGAAAAAUGGUUUGGCUCCUCUUCAUAUGGCUGCCCAAGGCGAUCAUGUUGAUGCCGCUCGGAUUCUACUCUACCACCGAGCACCUGUUGACGAAGUUACAGUCGAUUAUCUCACAGCGUUGCAUGUAGCUGCACAUUGUGGCCAUGUGCGUGUUGCAAAGCUGCUUCUGGACAGACAGGCCGACGCAAACGCGAGGGCCCUGAAUGGAUUUACCCCGUUGCACAUAGCUUGCAAAAAGAAUCGGAUAAAAGUGGUGGAGUUACUUCUCAAGCAUGGUGCAAGUAUCGGUGCAACAACAGAAAGUGGUCUAACUCCUCUCCAUGUAGCUAGUUUCAUGGGUUGCAUGAACAUUGUAAUCUAUCUACUACAACACGAUGCCAACCCAGACGUUCCGACUGUUAGAGGAGAAACUCCAUUACAUUUAGCCGCCAGGGCUAAUCAAACCGAUAUCAUACGUAUCCUACUCAGAAAUGGUGCUCAAGUUGACGCAAGGGCUAGAGAACAACAAACUCCUCUCCAUAUAGCCUCACGACUAGGAAAUGUAGACAUAGUCAUGCUACUUCUCCAGCAUGGUGCCAAAGUUGACAAUGCUACCAAAGACAUGUACACCGCUCUCCACAUAGCAUCUAAGGAAGGCCAGGAUGAGGUAGCGGCCGUGCUGCUCGACAAUGGAGCCUCCUUGGAUGCCACAACGAAAAAGGGUUUCACUCCUCUUCAUUUGGCAGCCAAAUACGGUCACCUCAAAGUGGCUAAACUACUUCUACAGAAAGAAGCUCCUGUGGAUGCUCAGGGCAAAAAUGGAGUUACUCCAUUACACGUUGCUUCCCACUAUGACCAUCAGAGUGUAGCUCUACUUCUUUUAGAUAAAG